UUUAUGUUGACUCGCUGUUCAAACCAAGACACGUCAAUCUCCACUCCAUCCUCGCCGGCAACGCGUCACUUCCACUCGAGCGACGAGCAGACGCGUCUGGCGGUGAGAAAAAUGGUCUGAGGAUAUCCACCCACCGUUGAGGAUGAUGGAGUCAGAGGAGGUUGGAUCAGAUAAGAUCAUCAGGGUUCAUCGUAUCAGAACUGCGUCAUCAUUCUGGGUCUGCCCUUGACCUCGACUCGCGUUUGGGUCGUAGGUUGACACCAUCUUCCUUGACAUUGGCCAAGACAACUUACUCGAUACGCGUAUCACUUAUCAUCGUCAGUGAAUUGAGCCUCAACGAUGUCUACUGGAGCUUUGACGCCGCGAAAGGCUGCUGAGAAGACUUUGGAGACUGGUGUGCAUCAUUUGGAAGAGGACCUCCAAUUGACCUUUCUCAAGAAUGUCUAUGGUGCUUUGUUGGUGUCUGCAGGAGGACUGCUGUCCUUGACCAUAACGACUGGAAGUCCGGGUUUAUCAGAGUCCAACCCAGGUUUACCUCGCAUUUUGCAAGGACUCACAUUCCCAAUUGGUCUUGUUCUGGUCUAUCUGGUAGGAGCAGAACUGUACACUGGUUACCCGAUGUGGUUUGUGAUGACCGCCCUUGAGCGCAAAGGAAAGCCCCUCCAAUACAUUCGCGGCGCCAUAGCCUCAUGGACCGGCAACCUCCUUGGCUCCCUGCUCUUCGCUGGCCUCUUCACCCACCUCACAGACAUCCUCUCCGAAGAACCCUUCCGCAGCGGCACCAUCUCCAUGAUUUCCGAGGACAUUAUCGAGUCCCAAUGGCACAUCAUUUUCCUCCGCUCGAUUCUCUGCGGCUGGCUGGUCACCUUUUCCAUGAUGCUGGGAUCCCAGAAUCAAGAUGGUAUUAGUAAAGCUCUAGCUUUGCAUCUGCCAUUCUUCAUCUCGACAGCGGCGAAGUGUCCGCACACGGUCGAAUACAUGUAUCUUGGAUCCACGGCUAUGUUUUUGGGCAGCCCAAUGUCGGUUGCCAUGUUCAUUUGGAAAUGUCUCAUUCCGGUCACACUUGGCAACACAAUUGGUGGAGGCAUCUUCACCGGAGCGUACUCGUGGUGGGUGCAUCUUUACUGCGAUGACAAGGGAGUCAAACACGGAGAUGCAAAUGGAAACGGUUGGGGAAGCGUCAGACUUGACGACGACGAGUAGACCUGUAGCGUUCUCUGCCUACCACAUGUCAACGAUAGCCACAAGCAUCACGAAUCACCGCAACGACGAAGAUCACACAUUUUGGACUGUUCCCAGCAUACGAAGGAAAGAGCGCUUGGACUAGUGCUCCUUCUAUAUUCUCAAUCGCUGCUUCCGUUCUCUCGGUCCUUCUGUCAGACCCAUCAGGUCUAGGAUAUUCUCUUUAUAAAGCACUGUACAAGCCACUGACUAUGCCGUCCUUGGAUCACUUCCCUUGACGUACUGCUCGGUCGUGUAGCUUUCCACAACCCGUGCUCGUUCAGGCACACUCACCCGCACUUCCUACCUAUCAAACUACACAUCCCAUCUCUCUAAGCAUCAUUUGUCCCCCUAGUAACAUAUCUCUACUCGUCUUCAGAAGAAUAGAGUCCAUUGCCAG